CACAUCAAAGUAGUUUGUGGUCAGGUUCUGUUUAGUACUUCAAUAGAAACUCGUUUUGAGAUAAUAAUCAGUUGUGUACUCAAAACCCAGCCCAACUUCAUACGUCAGUCUGAGUCGUCGUCGUCGUUUGUAUAAAGCUAUGGUGGCUCGGAAUGACAUCUCAAAGUUCAUCUGGUGUGAUCUGUACAGGAUUUCUUAUGUUUAUCUACAUUCGCGGCUUCCCCAGCAUUCCAGAAAGGAUUUCCUUAUUAACAGCGAUCUUGAACCGUGGUAUGAGCCUGAAACUUCGAGCUACGGUGUUCUGUCUCCUUCUGUUGGAAACGUCCUGUUUCACUGAGUUUGAGAUUACUGUUCCCAGUGGCACUGUCAUUGGCUCUUACAGCGAGGUGCUGAUCCUACCUUGCACUUUCCAUGUGGACAGUUCAUGGGAUCUGAGAAGCACCGUUAUUACCUGGCAGCGUGGACUGGAUGUCAUUCACAGCUUCUACUACAACCAGGAUCAGCUUGACCGCCAGAAUCGGCAUUAUGUCAACCGUACCAGUCUGUUCAUUCAGGAGAUGGCACGAGGCAACGCAUCACUCAAGCUGGACAAAGCCAAUCUGCAGGAUGCUGGUGUAUACACCUGCUCUGUCAGCACAAACACUGGCAGCCAGAAGAAGAGUUUUGAGGUGAACAUUGCAGCUUUCUACUCGGAACCUCGCCUGCAGUUCUCUCUGCUAACCGAUGGGGUCAACCUGCUAGUGACCUCAGAGCGGGGGUACCCCACUCCUACACUGAAGUGGCAGAUAGAAAAUUCAGUAGACAUCACCAACCAGACACACACAGACCUCAUGCAGGACACACAAACAGGACUUUACACUGUGUCUAGUUGGAUAAAUCUCACUGAAGUCACCAACUCUACUUUGACAUUCAUAAUGCACAACAAGCCACUGGGACAAGACAUCAGGAGAGAGAUUCGGCUGUAUUCAGAUAAGAGAAAGAGGCAUAGAAAGCCAGCAGACAGAUGUCAUGUAUUCUCCACUUUGAUCCCAGCUAUUCUGCUGCUGCUAGUCAUGACGGGCCUAUUGUUUAGGUUCAUUAGAAGCAGAAGAGAAGAACAGACCAAACAAAACCAAACUGAGAUGGGAUUUUCGUCUGAAACCCAUGUUCUCAAUGGAAAAUUUUAAUAUGUUCAUAACAGUUCUGCUGAUAUCAUUAACCAAUGACAAAUAUCUAUUUACAAAUAAGGACUUUCUGUGAUGUACAUGAGACAAUAAUAUAGGGAUGACUAUUAUUUAGCUUUUAUAAUGCACUGACCCUUUAAUGCUUAUUGUACAAUUUUUGUGUUUUAAAUUAUUUUUAUAUAGUCUUUAUUUUUAUAUUUUAAAUUAUUUCUUGACAAUAGCAGCUUUUUAAAAUAGAACAAUGUAUUAGUGCUUUAUGAUGCACUAUAUUAGUUAACAUUUCAAUCCAUCAUUAAGUGAUCUACAGUAUAAAACACAGAUGAUAGUAUUAUUUAUCUCCCACCUAAACAAACCAGAUCUACUUCAUGGUGCUUGCAAAUUAAUUUCUGCUUGGUCUCAAAACUGAUUUCAAUUGAAGGUUGUGGAGAAUUAUUUUGAUAUAUUCUCAGCAAUCACAUCAUUGCAUCAGCCUUGCAGCUUUUGAGUGUUACAGUCAAUAAUAAUGAGACCUAGCUCUAGUGCCAUUCGCAAAGUAGACACAGUAUGAUAUAUUUAUUGGUAAUUUGUGCACUGAAAUUCAAUUGUCUCUGUGACAUUUCUGUUAAAUUGGACAAAAUUGACCUUUUAUAUCUACCUGCUGGCAAGUUCCACAAAGUACAUUUUAGUACUUAAAAGUUACAAUAUUUAUUGGUUGAAUUUAUUAUAAAUGGCUUUUUGUUGUUACUGUAGGUGUUUUUACUUCAUUAAACAGCAUUGAUUUAGAAUUUGAAUCAGUGUAAACUGUGUGUGGUUUUUAUUUAUUGUUCUUAUCAGUAAGAAUAAAAAAGAUGAUAUUG